GCGAGGUGUGACCGAGGGACAUUCACGGAGUUCCCCAACGGCCUGCUGUCCUGCCGGCCCUGUUAUCCCUGCUCCAAGGGGAAGGUAACGGUGAUGAACUGCACUUCCACCAACGACAGCAUAUGCCAGUGCCAACCAGGCUUUUUCUUCCACCACCUUGGCUCCGAUGAUGCCUGCAGGCCAUGCAGCAGGUGCCCCAAAGGGGAAGUCGCCCUGCAUGGAUGCAAUUCCACGGCAGACACGGUGUGUGACAAGCACGUCCCAGUUUCAGAGCGCAUACACUGGUACCAUUUGCUUGCGGCCAUUCUUCCCACCAUGCUUCUGGCGGCCAUCCCCUAUCGCUACAUCAUGAAACAAGGAUGCAGGGGAGUCCCGGCUGCCUGCUGUUGUCUCCAUAUCGGACGCAGUGAAGGUCACGGUGAGGGAAGAAAAAGAAUGGUGCUUGAGAGCCCCAGGCCCUUCGAGUCACUGCAUGAGAAUGGAGAUACCGACUCUACAGUCCUCUCGACAGGAGUCGUCAGCCCCGAGAGGCUGUCUGAGGGCAGCCUGGACAUGGGGCCAGAGGCCCCGAUCCUUCCCAGGACCCUGGAGCACUGGGCGGGUGUGGAUGGCCCGCAGGCUGCGGCAGGUGAAGGAGUCUGGGCCCCACACUGGUCACCCCCGCCUGACCCUUCCUCAUCCCAUUGGGUCUGAAACAGCCUGCAGGCCAGGAGUCCAGGGUCAAGGUGUCACAGAGCUGCACUCGCUCCUGAGACUUCAGGGCUGAUCCUGGUUGCCGGCAGUCAUGGGCUUCUAGACGGGUCACACCUCUCCUUGCCUCUGUGGUCACAAGGCGGCUCCUCUGAGUGUCUCUUCUCUGCCAGUGUCUUGGCUGGUCCGCUGCAAUAUCAGUGUUGGGUUGUUUGAACAAAAUAAAGUCUCCCCCCUCACCAGACCCCUAA